AUGCGACCUUCGUCCUCGCAUACCUCUCGAGUACCGCCCGACAACCAUCAACAGGAUGACACCCAACCCGCCUGCCAACGUCGCCGCCUAAACAACCACGCAGACGAGUCCGACUCUGACCCCGAGUCCUCCGCCAGUACCACCGACGGCGCCAUAUCGCGGAAACCCUCUGCCCGCUUCCGUAUUCUUUCCCCUCCUACCGGCGCAUCGUCCCAAGCCAACAGCGCCGCUCUCAUGACAGCGACCUCAAUAGACGGGCCCGCGGCUUCUUCUUCCAGCCGCCAUGCCCAGCCUACACACCAGUCAUCGCAUUCGCAAUACGAUGCCCAGUCCGACGUCGAAAUGACCGACAGCGAAGUUGAAGAAUCUGACACCGAAUACGAAACUGGUGGCGCUCCGCUGCCGUUGGUCGCCCCGGCUCGCGCCCAUCAAAUCAUCAAUACCCUGCCAACCCCCGAACCAGGAUCCGAGUAUCUUUCCGAUUCAGAUGAGGAAGACUACGAUGAUGGUGACGAUGAUGACGACAACAGCCAAGAUGACGAUAGCGACGAUGAAAUGCAACUUCCACAGCCGCAUCCAAACUCCCUACCACCAAUGGCGCACUUUGCACCUCUGCCUUUGUUCCCUCAUCUCGGCAACGCCUUCUUCUUGCAGAAUAGCCCUCCCGAUGUCUCCGUUGAGCAUGGUCAGCAACCGAUGCCGGUCCAACCCAUGAGCUUUAGCAUGCCUGCUGGCCCUACUGACCUUGCCAACCUGCCGCCACUGCCACAACCGCCACCCAACUGGGUUCCUCUACCCGCCUUCAUCACCGACCAGAAUUUGACCAUCAGCAACGCGAUUCCCAGUAUACUCGGUUCUGAGAACCUGGACUUGGCCGACUUCCUGCGUGACUGGGCCUUCCAGGGCCGCUAUGGCCGUGCUGGCCCAUCUCAACCACCUGCACUUGAUGGCUUGCUGCGCCAAACUCAAGAGCAGCCGGAUGAGAUUGACUUCACCCAGCUCAAAGGCGACGAGUAUGACUUUCAAGGACUCAAUUGGACCUCUAUGGAGACUACACGCAAAGCUGCGCGUUUGCGACGACAGCACACGUAUAGAAACUAUGUCAACAGAAUGGGCUCAGACAAGUGGAUGGCAAGCACUUUCCGCCCCUUCUUAAUUAUCCUUUUCUAA